AUGAUACCCGGUCAAGACCCUACUCCUGACAAUAUACCAGAAAUUAGGAAAACAGCUAUCAUCGAUAGAGAACUCUUAAGACUCCGGGUUGACAUAGCUGGACUCCAGGAAACUCGCCUCUCUGACGAAGGAAGCCUACGAGAAGAAAAUUACACCUUUUUCUGGAAGGGGAGACACGAGAGCCAGCGCCGCGACUAUGGUGUUGGUUUUGCUGUGCACAAUAAACUUCUUGCCUGCAUGGAACCCCCUACUUACACUUCGGAACGUCUGAUGUCCAUGCGAUUGAUUACCUCAACUGGUCCGGUCACGUUGGUUUCUGCGUAUGCUCCUACACUGGCUUCCAAAUCUGACGUCAUAGACAGCUUUUAUGAUGAACUACGUCUAUUAAUGGAGUCUAUACGAAGUUCGGACAAAAUAAUUGUGCUCGGUGAUUUCAACGCUAGAAUUGGGAGCAAUUCAACAGAUUGGUCUGAUUGCAUUGGAGCACACGGCAUCGGGAAUAUGAAUGAUAACGGGCAACGUCUGCUCGAGUUCUGCACCUCCCAUGGCCUGUGCGCCACUAACACAUUUUUCCAAAAUAAGGUAGCUCAUAAGGUUUCAUGGAGACAUCCCAGAUCGGGGCAUUGGCACCAAAUCGAUUUCGUCCUAUACAGAAGGCGUGAUUUGCGUGAUAUUCACAACACUCGAACGUAUCACAGUGCAAUAUGCGACACUGAUCAUUCUUUGGUGCUGUCCAAAAUGAAACUUCUGCCUCAGAAAAUAUACUCGGAAAGACCAAAACGCAAAUUAAGAGCCCCACUUGAUAUAACAGGCUUAUCUGAUGUAGCGACUAGGAGCCAGUUUUCCGCAGUUGUUCAGGGUAAGCUGAGCGUUGAAACGCUACAAGGCUCCCAAAGUCUUGAAUCCGCUUGGACGAACUUUAGAGAUACAGUCAUGAAGACAGCUGAAGAGACUCUCGGGAGAAAGGUCCGCAAACAAACAGAUUGGUUUGCCGAAUAUAAGCAAGUCUUACACCCCCUUAUAGAGGAGAAAAGAAGUGCAUACACAGAUUACCUGAAUAACCCAUCUGACGCACACUGCGAAAUCAGGUAUAAGAGGGCAAAAGCAAAUUUACAACGCAUCUCUCGUGAGUGUGCGAACUCCUACUGGACAAAAUUAUGCAUGAAAAUCCAACAAUGCCAUGACGUAGGAAACUAUAGGGGGAUGUAUCAAAAUAUCAAGGUAGCAAUCGGCCCCACCAUCAGAAAGCGUGCUGCCAUAAAGGACCUAAAUGGCGAACCAAUCACGGACAAAAACCAACAGUUGGAAAGAUGGGCACAACAUUAUACUGAUCUGUACGCUGAACCUAUCUCAAUCAGCGCUUCGGCUCUAGAAUCCCUUGAAGUCUUCCCAGUAGCACUCGAUCUAGAUGAAAAGCCUUCGUUUGAAGAGCUACAUAAGGCUAUCUUGGGUUUAAAAUUAGGGAAAAGCGUCGGACGUGAUGAGAUACCAGCAGAACUUCUUCGUACUGGUUAUGUGUCUUCGCUACUCUUUGUGUUGAUUCUGCGCUGCUGGGAUGAGAAAGCAAUACCCAAAGAUAUGAGAGAUGCCAAUAUUGUUACAUUGUACAAAGGAAAGGGAGACAGAGGGGACUGCAACAAUUAUAGAGGAAUAUCACUCCUGAGCAUCGCUGGCAAGGCCUUCGCAAAAGUGGUUCUGAAAAGGCUAGAAUCACUUGCUGAUCGAGUAUACCCAGGAACACAAUGCGGUUUUAGAGCUGGCAGAUCUACAACGGACAUGAUAUUCACCUUACGACAGGUACAGGAAAAAUGCAGAGAACAACGUAUGCCCCUCUUUACAGCAUUCGUUGACCUACAGAAGGCCUUUGAUACGGUCAGUCGCGAAGGGCUCUACCGUGUACUUGAACACAUUGGCUGUCCACCUACUCUCUUAGCCAUCAUUAAAUCCUUCCACGAUGGCAUGUGUGGUACAGUCGUCUUUGACGGUGAAGAAUCGGGCCCUUUUAAUGUUAAUAGGGGAGUAAGACAAGGGUGCGUUCUAGCUCCGACCCUGUUUGGCAUCUUCUUUUCUGUUCUUCUCUUGGUGGCCUUUAAAAACUGUGACGUCGGAGUUCACCUGCACACAAGGAAAGAUGGACGACUUUUUAACAUCAACCUGUUGAGAUCGAAAAGGAACAGGUUGGAUUUGUUGGCCAGAGAGCUCCUGUAUGCUGAUGAUGCUGCACUGGUCGCAAAUACGGAAGGUGGCCUUCAAGAAUUAAUAACCAAAUUUAAUAGCGCAUGCAAGCUUUUUGGUAUGACAGUGAACAGUAGGAAGACCGUCGUUAUGGUUCAGGGAACGGACUAUAUGCCUCAGAUAAUGCUUGGUGAGGACACCCUUCAAAUCGUGGACGACUUUUGCUAUCUCGGUUCCACUACCACCAACAAAUUGUGCAAUAACAAAGAGAUUAACACCAGAAUAGGCAGAGCUGCGACCAACUUCGGAAAGCUUCAUGCUCGUGUAUGGAGAAAUAACAAGCUGAAUAUCUCUACCAAGGUCUUAGUCUACAAAACAUGCGUCCUGAGUAUUCUCUUGUAUGCAUCUGAAACGUGGACAACCUACUCGAUGCACGAACGCCGUCUAAAUGCUUUCCACAUGCGAUGCCUUCGCGCAAUACUAGAUGUCACUUGGAAAGACCGGAUGUCCAACGAAAGAGUUCUCGACAUAACUCGCACCUGUAGUAUCACUGCUACACUGAAACAACGAAGGUUGCGAUGGCUGGGCCAUGUUUUACGUAUGGACCCAGAUAGACUUCCUCGCGCGGUGAUGCUGGGCCAAAUCGCAGACGCCAAAAGACCAGUAGGUCGCCCGAUGCUCCGUUUUAAGGAUUCCUGCAAACGUGACAUGUUAUCCUUUGGCAUUAACCCGAACACCUGGGAAACGGCAGCCAUCGCAAGAGCGGAAUGGCGAGGCCUUCUGUAUGAUGGAGUAGCUCACCACGACGAAGCCUGGCUCGAUGGCUUGAGGCAGAAAAGACUUCGUGCAGUUCAAGAACCGUCUGCAGACUCACGCUACACUUGCGAUCUCUGUGGCAGAAGGUGUCGAGCUGCAAUCGGACUCUACAGCCAUAGAAAAAGAUGCGCACAAACCUCUUCCCAUCGAAUGGAUUGA